AUGAGAUCAGUCAAGGGAGAACCUAUUAUUUUGCAUGUAUACGACUUGAUGGACAACUCGUACUUAUACCCAUUUGGGCUAGGGGCGUACCACUCAGGGGUAUGUGCUUAUGGAAGAGAAUUUACAUUUUCUGAUGGUGGGGUCUUUGACACAAGACCUAGAGAUGUUGAGGCUCCAUUUAGAGAAGAGGUUCAGAUGGGGACAUUUAACGGGACGUACAAAGAAUUUCAGAUUGCGGUUGACGAUUUACGAACGGUUUUUCAGAGAGGGACGUACAAUCUUUAUAAUAAAAAUUGUAACUGCUUUAGCGACGCUCUUUGCAAAAAGUUACUUCAAAAGGGGAUACCAACUUGGAUUAACAGAAUGGCGUGGUAUGGAAAUAAGUACCAAGAGUACUUUGGGACUAUCGAUCCGAAAGGUGGUGUUGCCCCAGUGAAUAGCGCAACCACAUCAAACAAUUACAGCAACACAAAUACACAAGUUGAACAAGGGAGAAAAUUGUCCGACACGCAGCAAGCACUCCCAACCGACAGAGAGACGCUCCGCAAAUUAGUGGCGGCCCAGCACAAGAAGAAAACCGAACCAAAUCCUGAGCCUCCUAAAAAAGAAGUCUAA